GGAAGUCUGACCAUCGUGACGUUUGUAUUGGGUUUCCAGACUUUCAGCGCUCACAAUUCUGUGCGACUUAAAAGGCUGGAUAACUUUGGGCCAAGACGCGGCAUCAUAAUCAAUGUAACAAACGAGUAUUUUGUGGAGCAAACAAACAGUUCCAUAAGUACCAUAAGCUUCCAAAAAACUGUUCAUGUAAACCAUAUCGCGCCAACCAUGCAUGUAGGAUUCUUAAAGGUUCACAAAGCUGCGAGUACAACAACACAGUCCAUAUUUCUCAGAUUCGGAUGGCGUAGGAAUCUGAACUUUGUACUACCACCAGAAUACAACGCAUUUAAAUACCCAAACAUAAUAAGCAUCAACGAAUCAGUGACGCCGUAUAACACUUUAACUCCGCCAGUUGGGCACCAUUUUGAUAUCCUUUGUCAUCACGUGCUUUACGGGCGUGAUCAGUGGGCGUCAGUGAUGCCGAAUGAUUCUGUCACUAUCGGCACUGUCAGAGAACCGUUCAGUCAUUUUAAAUCAAUAUUGAAUUACUUCCAGCCGGGUGUUAUUCAACGAUUAGAAAUGAAGGACCACGACCCAGUCCGAACAUUUUUGAAAUCCCCGCAAAAAUAUGAUUCGCCAAAGCCUCAAAUGUCGUUCUUGAACAAUCGGCUAGCCAUAGAAUAUGGCGUCAAUCCUGAUAUAAUAGCCAAAGGAGACAACGCGAGAUUUCUUGACUAUUUACAAAACGUUUUGAAUAAACAGUUUGCAGUUGUAAUCCCGGCUGAAAGAUUUGACGAGGGUCUUAUUCUGAUGAAACGAAGAUUACAUUGGAAUUUAAAUGACAUCAUGUAUGCCAUGAAGAAUGUUCGAAAAAAGCCCGCACGGUUUCGGGUAUCAGAAGACCUGAAAAGUUUACACAGGGAGUAUUCAAAGUUUGAUUAUAUGAUAUAUGACUUCUUUUUUGAAAAAUUUAAUAGAGAAGUUAAUUUGGAAGGUCUAAAUUUUCAGAGAGAAGUAGAACAUUUCAAGAAAACUAGACAAGCAGUAGAAGAAUUUUGCAACAAUAAACAUAACACAUCUAACGAAAUGAAAAUUCAAUCAAGUGAAUUCAACGAAGAAUUCAUCAUUACAAAAGAUGAUUGCACUAUUAUGCAAAAGGGUGAAAUCGCGUUUACGCAGAUGAUUCGCUUGCGACAAUAUGGCUCAGCCAAUUGGACAGUUGGAAAGCCAAAGCCAAUGUAGUUACGUUGAGGGUGAUCUGAGACAUAUCAAAGAGGAAAUAUUAUUGUUUUAGUUUACAGCAACACAAUGGCUUCAUGUGUUGCUACAUAGAAUGUAGUUUCACGUUGAUAAUGUUCAUCACGAGUAUCUUUAUAUAAUGAUAUUAUAUGAUGAUCCUCUAGUAAUGUGCACAAGGCAAUAUGUGAUCACAGCUUGUGGAGACAUGAAAAGGAUUUAUCUCUAAACCAUCGCAUCCAUAAAACAGGCCCAUGGAUGUAGUACUCCGUUAUGUGUCACUAGUUAAUAUUCGUAAAAUUUAGCGACUUGUAAUAAAACAAUAAUGGGCGACUCUAGUCAGGCAUUUGAUCAGCAGAAGUAGAAA